AUGCGACUACAAGAAGAAAUCGAGUCAGUUUCUGCACCUGAAGACUUUCUACCCAACUUUCAAUGUCUCUCUGCUCUAGAUACCAGCCUCAGGUGUCCGAUAUGUAAAGAUUUCUUCGAGGCUCCAGUCUUGAUUCAUAUCCCGAAAUGUUGUCAUACGUUUUGUUCAGUUUGUAUACGCGCUUGUUUCAAUCAAACUUUAAAUAGUAAAAUCGGUUCAGCUGGACUUGGUGGAGUAGGAAAUAGUCAAAGGUGUCCAAUUUGUCAAACUGAAGCUCAUGAGGAAAAGAUCAAACCAGUACCGGCUUUAGAAACAGUUGUAACUAAUUGGCAAGAGGCUAGGUCAGAAAUCCUUAACAUGGUUUCUCAAGCGGAUCGAGUGAAGAGCUUGUUACAGUCUGCGAACAAUCGACUGCCUCUCUUAGCUUCGGGAUCCACAAGCCAAGCAGCUCAACUACCAGAAGCCUCAAAUUCUAGCUCGUCUAAACUGCCUGAACCAAGAAUGAUCCCCGACAAACGAAAAGCCGAAUCGCUGGAGUCUCAAGGCACCUCAUCUGGGAUGCGAGUAACGCGCUCUUCCCAUCAAGCUCCCGAAGUCCGAGAUACCUCAGGCGGAAGUCUUACCAACACACAGGCCUCUAAAAAAAGAAAAACUAAAGACAAGCGCCCCUCCAAGGCUGUCUCUGAUUCUGAUAGUGACAUAGAAAUGAUAACCGGGGAUCUCAACAAUCCUGCUGCGAUGCUCCCCUGUCCAGUCUGUAACAGGCUCCUACGUAAUUCGGACAUGAAUUCACACUUGGACAAAUGUCUGGCCGGGACUGGUAAUAAAGCCGAGAUAAGGAAAGGAGCGAAUCCGAAUGUACCAGAGAAAAAAAUCCCAUUACCUCAUUUUAAAUCUUUAAAAAUGAAAGACUUCAAAGCACUUUUACAGCAACACCAUCUAUCUUGUGAUGGGACUACAGAUACGAUGACGCGUAGACUGAAUCGUUACAUAUUACUUCAUAAUGCUAGUCUGGAUUCGGAACGUGUACAUCGAAAAUCACUGAAAGAGAUUAGAGACGAAGUAGAUAAAUGGGAAUCGUUGAAUGAUGCAGAUGAUGCUAAUCGGCGUAAGCUAUCAAACAAUAACUCAGACUUUGCUGUUCAACAGAUCGUUGGCAAACGUAAAAUCACAAUUACUAGUGAGGAAGAAUACUUGAAGAAGAAUAAAGAACAGUUUGCACAUCUGACUACACAAGCGGCUUCUACGAUGAAGAAGACUGUUCAACCUGUAAAUGAUGAAGAAGCCAUCGAGACGUCUGAACCUGAUGACCCAACUAUUGGCGCGUCUGAAACUGAUCGAACUCUUGCGACGCCGGAAGCUGACGACCAGACCAUCGACAUAGCUGAACCUAAUGACCAAACCGUUGGCACGGCUGAAAAUGUUCAAACUCUCGCGGCACCAGAAGAUGACAAACAAAUUCUUGACACAGUUGAGCAUACAGAUCACCUGGAGCAAGCUGAAGUUGAGAUAAGCUCCAAGGUCAUUCCACAAACCUGCGAUAAUCACCAGUUAGACAACCACCAGCAACUUCAAGAACCUACCUCACUCCCACCAGUUCUUCCUCGAUCAUCCAUCACUCAUAAUCCUCAAAUUGAUCCUGCAAUUGUCGCUUUGAAUCAACUUCAACCUAGACGAAGUGAAGAUGAAUCGAUGGAUCACGAAUUGCACCUUUCUUUCACAGGCUCGGAGCAUCCCAUCCAGACUCAGAACACAUAA